AUGACGCCUCCGAAGAAGGCUACUUCUAGCAAACAAACUAAAUUGAAACUUCUGUACCGUCGGCGGUCCAACAUUUUGGGUUCCGCAAAUUUAAUAAAGAAGUUUAACGACGGGUUCGAUCCCACUCAAGAAGGUCAAUUGCCCAUACGCAUUCAACGUCUUGAUGCGUUGUGGCGUGAAUUUGAAGAAACGCAGGAGGAAAUUGAGGUUUUGGAAGACGCUGAGGAAGAUUUCUUGGAAGAGAGGGAAGAGUUCCAAACCUUGUACUUCGAAUUGAAGGCGUCAUUGCAAAGCAAAAUCCCUGUUCCACCACCUGCACCCACCCCCGCUCCUGUUCAACCACUCUCUUCGGCUGUUCCCAUCUCGUCGAGCGUUCGUCUGCCUGAGAUUAAGUUGAAGGAGUUCUCUGGGAAUCUCGAUGAUUGGGUUUCUUUUCGCGAUCUGUUCGUCUCGCUUAUCCAUUCGAGCGUGCAGCUAACAGCGGUACAGAAAAUGCACUAUUUGCGUGCGACGCUUUCUGGCGAAGCGGCUCGCAUCAUUUCUUCGCUCGAGAUUUCAGCCAAUAACUAUCUCGUAGCGUGGAAUUUGUUGAAGGAACGUUUCGAAAAUCCGAAUUUGCUGGUCAAGCGGCACAUGUCUGCCUUGCUCACGAUUCCUUCACUGAAGAAAGAGUCUGCACAAGGACUCGCAGAUCUCGCCGAUGAGUUCAAUCGGCACGUGCAGCUGCUGGAUAAACUCGAAGGUGCUGAGAACCACUGGAAUGCCUUUCUAGUCGAACGAUUGAGCCAAUGUCUUGACUCCGUCACGCUCCGUGAGUGGGAAACCUCCGUUUCCAAUAGUGACGAGUAUCCCAAGUACCAAGAACUUCUCGAGUUUAUCCACAGAAGAUCGCGAAUCAUACAAACCCUUAAGCUCUCCCAAACGGCAAACACCCAAUCCGAGAUCAAACAUCCCAAAUCCCGAUCCGUCGUGUCGCACGUUGUAUCCGACAAUGUUCCCAAGUGCGCCAGCUGCAAGCAGGCACAUUUUCUGUUCCAGUGCGAACAAUUCCGUACGCUCUAUCCUCAACAACGGUUCGAAGUCGCGAAGAAGCACGGGCUGUGCAUUAACUGCCUGAAGGGAACACACCAAGCGAAGAACUGCUCCAGCGGAUCCUGUAAGAGCUGCGGCAAGAAACACCACUCGUUGCUGCACCUGCCGCCCCUCUCCUCCGCUCCUGGUCCACAACCAGGGACUUCGUCGAACAAGUCCGCUGAAGCAAACACUUCGCAGUCAUGCCAAAUGUCGCACUUCGUUCCAAGUCAUGUCGAAAGCUCUCCGCCGGAAGAGCUCGCCGUUGCCUCACCACCUGUCUCGUCGGUUCGUUCGCAGUCGUCGCGCGGUAAGCCUUUCCCAUGUUCGUCGGUCGAUCUCGUUACCAAUUUCCCAUCCACCGCCUGCCAAAGCGCGGAAGUGAUUACCCAACCUCGGCAGUCAACAGUCAUUCUGUCAACAGCAGUGAUAAAAGUGAAAGACGCCGACAAUCAGUACGUUCUCGCCAGAGCCCUCCUGGAUAGUGGAUCACAGCCGAGCUUCAUCUCCGAAGCACUUUGCCAGAAACUUCGUUUGAAGCGGACAAAGCUGAACUCGCCAGUCAGUGGGAUCGGACAAUCCGUCGUUAACGUCCGCUACGCUGUGACACUAUCUCUAACCUCUCGUUUCGAAACCUUCACUGCUCAGUUGGACUGCCUCGUGCUACCAAAGCUUACCGUCUCGCUGCCUAGCCACCACAUCGACGUCACUCGCUGGAGAAUCCCAAGGAAUCUUCCUCUUGCUGAUCCACAGUUCAACAUCAGCCAAGGCGUGGACAUCAUCAUCGGAGCUGCUCUGUUCUUCGAUCUUCUCGAGCACGAUCGCAUCUCGCUCGCCUCUGGCUAUCCAACGCUACAGAAAACAGUGCUUGGAUACAUCGUCUGUGGAAAGCUAGAGCAGCCAACGCCCGAAGCAACAGAAGCCCAGACCUGUCACAUCUGCGUCGAAGACAGGCUCGAUACCCAGCUGCAGCGUUUCUGGGAAAUUGAAAACUUCGAUGACGGCAAAGCACUCACUCCAGAUGAACAGUUCUGCGAAGACCACUUCCAGAGCACCGUCGCUCGUGACAACACGGGCCGCUACGUCGAAGAAAAGGUGUCGAUGCUUGGAGACUCGCACACCGCUGCGCUGCGAAGAUUCCAACAAAUGGAGAAAAGAUUCGCCGUCGAUGAAGAUCUCCGUCGCAGCUACACAGAGUUCAUGGAGGAGUAUGAGAGGUUGGGUCAUAUGGAGUUGGUUCCCGUCGCGUCGCGUAGCCCGCAGUUUUUCCUCUCGCACCAUGCCAUCCAGCGACCAGAGAGUACGACCACUAAAACGCGUGUGGUAUUCGACGGUUCCUGCCGUGGAGCGGCCUCGAUAUCGCUGAACGAAGCACUAUACGUCGGACCAACGGUUCAGCCGGCGCUCUAUUCCACUGUCGCGUCGUUAACUUUCGUCUGCCACGUUUCGCCAUAA